GUGUCGUCUCGUAUAAACAAACAACUGCGGCCGCAGCCUGUCUCACUGUCCACUCGCAACUCGCAACUCUCAACCGUACGUCCGCGUUCAUCACAGACACGUACACCGUCCGUAUACAGUCGCACAUUACAGUUUUUGUUUUUCAAAACAUCAACGACUUUAUCACCGGAACGCGUCCCGAUUCCAGACGAUCGACCGUAAAUAAUUGCCGUCGAGGUGCGUCUAACGAAGCGCGCCAACAGACCGGAGACGACAAUCACUACAUCGAAAUACAGCCGCCGUCACCAUUACCGCCGCGAUGUCCGAAGUGGCCGCCGAGAACAACGUACCCUCAGUUCAGGAAGGUGAGAAGCGUGGACGAAAAAGAAAUACAGGAAGCCGUACAAAUGCAAUUAAUGCAACUUACGCUGAAGCUGAACUGAUAACCAAGGGAUUAAACAAUACUGAUGAUGUUGAUGGAAGGAGAACGACCAGAUCCUCUACACGAGGUUCAACUGCAGCUUCGAAGUUAAAAAAUGAACCACCAGCAAAAAAAGAAAAAAAAACACCAGCCGUUAAAGGCAAACGAGGAAGGCCAAAGGCAGUCUCAAAAGAAGAAAGUGACGAAGUUGUGUCAGCUGAAGAAAACGGUAUUGCUGAUAAUGAUGUUGACUCUAAAGCUGACAAGGGUGGAAGUUCCACAGAAGAAGAAGUAGAUUCAAAAACCGAAGAUAAAAUUGAAAAUGGAAAUUCAUCAGCCGAAGAAGAUAAGAAAGUCGAAGAAAAAAAGGACUCAACCGAGGAAUCUGAUAAGCCUGCAGUAACAGAGGCAAAAAAAGAGUCUUCAAGCCCGUAAGAUACGAAUCAAAAUGCUAAAAUACUUUAGUGUUUAAUAAAUUUAGUGUGUUAAGCAAGAUAUUUAAUACUUAAAUUUAUUCUGAUAGUUAUUAUCAUGAUUUUGGUACAAGUUUAUUUUAAUUUAGUAACUACACUUUUUUUAUAACUAGCCUAUCCCGAUGAUAGGCUUUGACUUAAUUCUGGACAAUUGUAAUUCAUCCCAUAUAAUAAAAAAUAGUUCACAAACACUUCACAUAAAGAAAAAAACGUUGCAUACUGAUUAUGUUACCAUUAUGUGUAUUGUCAAUAUUGGCAAAUCUCCUAUCAAAGUUAUUUUGUAUUGGAUUUAAUCUGUCCGAUUAAUUUAAAUAAUUUGUAAUUCACAAUAAUAUUUACUUAUAUCUUUGUAUGUAACAAAAUAAAAUUAUUUCAAUUAAAAUAGA